AUGAGCUCCACAGAUCUGGAAAACUCAACACCAACGUUUUCGCAAGAUGCUGGUGCUGCUGCCGAUGCUACAAUCACAGAGGAAGGUAGCGGCUCAGAAAAAACCAAGUCUUUCGAAGUGACGCUCGAAGAAGACGACCCGGAAAACGUUCAAUCCCAAAUGUCGCUGCAACGUAAAUGGUUCGUCGCUCUGUUGGUGACUUUCACCGCAGCAGACAUCACAAUGACGUCCAGUUGCUGGUCUUUGGCGCAGGCCGAUAUCCGGCGCAGAUUCAACAUGUCCCAAGAAGUGUCGAUUCUGGGACUAUCGCUGUAUCUGCUAGGCAUGGGAUGUGGACCGUUGCUGCUGAGUCCGCUCAGCGAGCUUUACGGCCGCAAACCAACGUUUAUCGGGUCCUUGUCCAUCAGCAUGUGUUUUUUGUUCCUCACAACCUGGGGACGCAACAUCCCGGCUUUGCUCAUAGGACGAUUCUUGUCUGGGUUUUUUGGCAGCUCGUUUUUGAGUGUUGCAGGCGGUGUCAUCAGUGACAUCUUCUCGAAACAACAAAUCGGCGUGCCCAUGACUAUCUACACCACAGCCACGUUUUUGGGCCCGGCGUUGGGGCCUUUGAUAAGUGGUGCGCUCUCGCAUGUUUCUUACAGAUGGACUUUUGUUGUCAUGAUCAUCGAGUCUGGUGUCUACGUGCUCUUGCUUCUGUUGACGUUCAAAGAAACGUACACCCCUGUACUGCUGGUGGCCAAGGCUCGUCGAUUGCGCGAGCAGACCGGCGACGACCGCUAUUAUGCGCCGCUGGAAGUGAUUCGUCGCGAGUUCUCGCUUUUGCAAGCCAUCGGGUUGUCCGUGGGACGGCCCUUUGGUUUGCUUACCCGCGAUCCAAUGAUGGGCGUACUGUGUUUCUACACUGGACUUAUUUUGGCAAUCGUUUACAUGUUCUUUGUAGCGUUUCCCUACGUUUUCACAAAGCUCUACCAUUUCACCAGCGCUGAAGUUGGUGUAACGUAUAUGGGUCUACUGGUGGGAAUCUUACUAGUGGCGCCCACAAGUGUGAUUUUCCAAAGAAAGUACGAACGAAAAGUUUCGAGCAACAACGGCGUGCGUGUGCCUGAGUUCAGGUUCGAGCCUCUAUUUUACGGAGCCUUUCUGGCCCCCAUGGGUCUUAUGAUCUUUGCCUGGACCAGCUACAGCCAUGUGCAUUGGAUAGCGCCCAUUAUUGGCACUAGCGUUUUUGGAGCUGGCGUUUUCUUCAUUUUCACAGGAAUCUUUGGCUACACUGUGGAUGCGUUCCGCUUAUACACUGCUUCUGCAAUGGCUUGCAAUUCGUUUGUGAGGUCCAUGAUGGGUGGGACCUUCCCGCUUUUCACUCUACAGAUGUAUCGUCGCCUGGGUGUAAACUGGGCCAGUUUCCUCUUGGCCAUGAUUUCGCUGGCAAUGGUACCGGUACCGUUUUUGUUUACGAGAUAUGGCGCAUAUUUGAGAUCCAAGAGUCCCUAUGCAUGGGAUUGA